CUAGUCUAGUCUGUCUGACCGAAAAAAACUAAAAACUAAAACAGAAGCCCAAACAAACCUGUCGCCACGGCCCUGUUCAGCCUGCUGUGUUCUUAGAACUCGGCUGGGAAUUUGAGGUGAGCCACUCACAGUCAGAGCUCUGAACUGAGCCGACCCAGAAAAGUUGCUACUUUCAUUAUCCCAGUGUUAACGUUCUUCUUCAUCAUUCCCUUUUCUAUUCAAAUUCGCUAAAAGGAGACACCUUUACCUCUAUCUACACCCGCCAUGGACGAUGACGUGUCCGCCCCCUUCCGCCGAUCCUCGAGUCGGAAUCGUAAGGUCGCUUCGAAAAUGGCUGCUGCCCUUAUGAGCACUGAUAACCGCACCCAGGCUGCCCUUGCUAGGCUUGAAGCUUUGGAAAACGACAAUGCUGGGUUGGAAACUGUGGAGGUUAAUGACGACGAUGAAGCUUCUCUUGAUGAUGAGGAUCAAGGAUAUAUACAAAAGAAGCAGCCUAAGGGCACCAAGCGUAAAACCCGGCAGGCAAAAGCUCUUGAGGCCAGGAAGGCACCCAGAACAUUCCUUGAGCUUUUACAUGAGGCAAAUCUUGAAUCUUUGCCACCUCAUGUCCCCUCCUAUCUGAAAGCAGCAGUGGGACCUCCAAGCUCUACCUCCCGCCGCCAUUUCUGCACUGUUUGUGGUUCUGCUGGCAACUAUACAUGUGUGAGGUGUGGUAUGCGCUUCUGUUCGUGUCGUUGCCAGAAUAUACACAAUGAUACUCGUUGUCAGAAAUUUGUUGCCUGAUCGGUUAGUGUCUUGAACCAUCAAAUUUUUCUAAUUUUAGUGAAACUGGAUGCUGGCUGGCUAGAUAAAUCUUGUUUCUGUAAAUUUUCUUAACUUUUGUAUUUAGUUUGCCCGAGAAGUAGGUGUAUCCAUCAUUUAUCCAAAUUAUAUUUUAAUGCGAAUGGUACUGAAGAAAGAUGAAAGAAACGUGUUUGUCCAAUUGUGAUUAUGAGUUUAACUGCAAUCGAAGAAAUUGCAUCUCGUUACCCAGCACCA